UAAGCACACGUAUACGCGCGUCGCUCAUCAAUUUGCCAAUUUGCACGGUUGCUUUUGCAACUAACAUUGGUGCGAACAGUUUUGUUAUUAAUUUUUUAGAGUUAUUAGCGACAAGCAGACAAAUGGGCAAUGGAAACUCCACGGCAGCCGAGCAGCGAGUUAUCCAGGUCGAGCCCAACAAGGAGCCUUCUCAAAGCCCUUUGCCCCGCAAUAAGAUAACGACCAGUAAGUACACCUUAUGGAACUUUGUGCCCAAGAAUUUAUUCGAGCAGUUUCGAAGAAUAGGAAAUUUGUAUUUCCUCGUCAUUAUGAUCGGCACGGCGAUCACGGAUUCGUUAUUCGCUGCGUCCACCACGGCGUUCCCUCUGCUCUUCGUCAUUUUCGUGACGGCGUGCAAGCAGGGUUACGAGGACAUUCUGCGCCACAGAGCCGAUCGGCGGGUCAACAGUCUGCCGGUGACGGUCUUCCAACGCGGGUGCGCUCGGGAAAUACGCUGCCAGCAAAUCGCCGUUGGCGACAUCGUCAGGGUGAACCGAGACGAGGAUGUGCCGUGCGACCUCGUGAUUCUGCAGAGCAGCGAGCUUUCCGGAAAGUGCUACGUCACCACGUCGAACUUGGACGGCGAGUCAAAUUUGAAAACUUUGCAAGUGCCAAGGAUGUUUUUAAAUUUAGACGCUGCUCGGAUAAUAGGCAUGAAGGCGACGAUAACGUGUCAGAAUCCGGCGCCCGGCUUGUACAUGUUCGAGGGCAAAAUACAGGCGAGCAUACCUGGAACGGACGAGGACGAGCAAGAAGCGACGCGUUCCGGGCCUCUCACCAUUGACAACCUCGCCCUCGGAGGCGCAAGGCUCAAAAACGUCGAUUUCAUUGUCGGCUGCGCUGUGUAUACUGGCAAGGACACCAAGUUGUCGCGCAAUUCCAAAAUGAGCAUUCAAAAGUUUUCGACCGCUGAAAAAACCAUUAAUAAGUAUAUCCUAGUGCUCAUGUUCAUCUUGGCGAUAGAAGUCAUUUUUUGCACAGCUAUGAAAAUCGUGCGAGCCAAGAAAGACGAGUUGCGAACUUACCCGAUGAGCUUGAACCAGGUCGACGGCUCCUACACGAAACUGCUUGCGGAUAUGGUUAUCUUCGUGGGCCUUUACAAUUACGUCGUGCCUAUUUCACUGUACGUGACGAUCGAGAUGCAAAAGCUCUUGGGCGCGUUCCUGUUUGGGUGCGAUCUCGGGAUGUACGACGAGCUGUCCGAUCAACCUGCCAUCGCUAACACGUCCGACAUCAACGAGGAUCUCGGCCAAGUCGAGUAUCUGUUCUCGGACAAGACGGGCACCCUCACCGAGAAUAACAUGAUAUUCAGACGUUGCUUCGUCGACGGCAGCGCGUACUGCGAAAACGACUGCGACGGCAGGUUGUACCUUUUACCGGCGAACGGCAAUGCGAAGGAAGCGCAAAAAAUUGACACUUGGAGCCCCGAAGUUUGGCAUUUUAUGCUGAGCCUAUCGCUGUGCCAUUGCGUGCACAUUGCUCCUCCGCUUCAACGGGCCAAGGCAGAGCUAAACAGAGUGGAAUUUCGCGAAAGCUUGCGCUUGAGGAAACCUGUAAGACUGAACAGUUCUUUGAUGAUGGAUCCUGCUUUGCCGGAGUAUCAGGCGACGUCCGCGGAUGAAAAAUCUUUGGUAGAGGUUGCUGCCCGGUGUGGCGUUAUAUUUUUGGGCGAGACGGACGAAGAUGAAAUCGAGAUUGACGCCAGAGGUAGACGCCUUUAUUAUCAGAGGCUCGACGUUCUCGAAUUUACUUCCGAUCGCAAACGAAUGUCCGUGAUAGUGAAGGAUACAGCAGGCGUCAUUUGGUUGUACUGCAAAGGAGCAGACUCGUCGAUGUUUCCCUUGCUGGCUCGCGAAAACCUCGAAGCAGCGAAAGCCUGCGUCGCCGAUUUUUCCAUGAGAGGGUUGCGCACACUCGUGGUGGGCUUCAAGCGAGUCGCGAAGGAGGAGUACGAACGUCUCGGUCGGGAAGUGAACGAGGCGAGGCAAACGAUCGGCAAAGACCGAACGCCAAACGUCGAGCGUGCCUACUACAAGUUGGAAACCGGCUUGGCACUGCUGGGCGUGACCGCCGUCGAGGAUCGCCUGCAAGAGGGAGUUGCCGAAACUAUGGAGAAGCUUCGCGCGGCGGGUAUCAAGGUUUGGGUGCUGACGGGCGACAAAGCGGAGACGGCGGAAAACAUUGCCUUCCUCUGCGGCCACUUCCAAAAGGGAACGACAAUCUUGAGGCUGAUGGACCAGCGCUCGACGCAUUCGUGCUGCGUUCUGCUGACAAGCUUCGAGCGAAAGAUGAAAAUAGAGCCCCUCGUUCGGUACGGCUUGCUCGUCGACGGGGCGAGCGCGGCCACGGCGCUGAACCACUGCCCGAGCCUGCUGCGGAACGUCGCGAUGUCUUGCGAAGCCGUGGUAUGCUGUCGCAUGUCGCCGCUGCAAAAGAGCGAGAUCGUGCACCUGGUGAAGCGCGCGAAGGGCAGGCCGCUGACGGCGGCGAUAGGCGACGGCGGCAACGACGUGUCGAUGAUCCAGGAAGCCCACGUGGGCCUCGGAGUUACCGGCAAGGAGGGCAGACAAGCCGCGAUGAGCGCGGACUUCGCCUUCGCCAAGUUCGCGCACUUGCAGCGCGUGCUACUCGUGCACGGCCACUGGUACUAUCUCAGAGUCGCCGUGCUCGUGCAAUAUUUCUUUUACAAGAACGUCGUCUUCAUCACGCCGCAGCUGCUCUACAAUAUUUUUGCCGACUACUCGGCCAAGGCCCUCUACGACAGGCUAUUUCUCAUGUGCUACAAUGUCAUUUUCACGUCGAUUCCUAUCCUCGUCUACGGCGUCUACGAGCAGAACUACUCGGACAAAACGCUGCUAACCAAUCCGCAAUUGUAUCGAUUGAACAGGAGAAAUAUUUUCAUGUCCAACGGUCACUUCGUCCUCUGGAUGCUCAUGGCUACAUGGCAAGCGUGCGUCGUAUACUUUAUGCCAUUCUACUUCUACAAAUGCAAUUCGGUGAUGAUACACGAGAGCGAUUCAGCAGAGCACUGGCAGUUCGGCACCUGUAUAUUCUACGUUGUAACGAUCAUUGCUAAUUUACAAAUAUUGCUGUUAAGCUCCUACUGGACGUUCGCUUUCACCUUUUCCAUUUUCCUAAGCGAAAUGCUAUUUUUCGCAGGCACAUUUGCUUACAGUUAUUUCGAUUGGCAAUACGACGGACAAAUGUUGGAGAUAUUUACGGCGCUAUUGUCCUCUUACACCUUUUGGCUGCUGACGCUGUUGAUCGUUGUGGUCAGUUUGAUACCUACGUUAUUCUUUGUUAUUUGGAAAAACAAAAGGCCCAGUGAAUUGCGCAGCCAACUGAAGAGGAGAGCGAGAUAUAUUUCCGGAAUUGCUCGCCGCCCAGUUGAGCCAACGUCGGCCACUAUACCAAAUAGACGCUCGUCCACGUUUGUUCCUUGGAGAGGAUACUUUUCCUUCGGCGACGACAACGCUUUUUAACGAGACUCGCAAAGCCGAAACCUGGAUCGACUUAAUUACAGCAGACACGUGGACUCAUUCCAAAGAAGAAGAAGAAGAAGAAGAAGAAGAAGAAGAAGAAGAAGAAGAAGAAGAAGAAGAAGAAGAAGAAGAACGGAGUGCCCCCCUGAGAGUUGCUUAGAA